CGUCGCUUCGUUCUCACACUCGUUGCAGGCCUUGCGGCCGCUGCGUCGGCGCAGAAGGUCAAAGUCAGUAAGUGACCAUCGUGAGGGCGGCGAGCCGUGUUGUCGAUCGGAGGCUAGAUGUUGACGUGUGCCCCCCUGGGGGAACUGCCGGGACCAGUGCUGCUCGGGGACUCCAUCACGGAGAUCACCUGCUGGCGGCCGCUGGUGUGGAACCAGCUCGCCUCGGCCGGGUUGACGAGCAGCGUGCAGUUCGUCGGCAGCAUGACCGACCUCAUGUGCACGAGCCCGGCGGGCUUCGACCCGCACCAUGAGGGCCACUCGGGCUACCAGGCGUACGACGUCGCCAGGAACAACAUCGCCGGCUGGGUUCAAAACACCAAGCCCGACAUCGUCCAGUUCAUGCUCGGCACCAACGACGUCAACAUCGGCAAGCGCAACGCCCAGAGCAUCCUCGACUCGUACACGCUCAUCCUCAACGCCCUGCGCGCCGCCAACCCCAACGUCAAGGUCAUUAUCGACAAGCUGAUCCCGACGAGCUGGAGCGACGCGACCAUCGAGGCAGUCAACACGGGGAUCCCGGGCUGGGCGCAGACGCACACCACCGCGCAGUCGCCCAUCGCCAUCGCGGACUGCUCGCGCGCCGCCGGCUUCACCAACGCCAUGCUCCGCAGCGACGGCGUGCACCCCAACGACCAGGGCGACCAGUUCAUCGCCCAGCAGGUCGGGCCCAAGCUGAUCCAGUUCAUCAACGAUACUCGGAACAGCAGUCAGCAGGCUCGGCACUGAAGCAUGUUGAUAUGUACAUACAUGCAGGAUUUGUUUUCGCUGAUCUGGACGCUGUUGAGAAGAGAUUA